AUGGGAAGCAAAACCCCCAUCAGUGACGCAACUCUGGCUAUGCGCCCCUCUACUACUGCUUUCUUCGAGAAGAAGAAGGUCGCUGGUAAUGUAAUUCCAGCCAUGCAGCCUGAUGUUGCAUCUUCUCUCAACAAGAACAAGAUCAUCAAUAACGCAGCUCCUGCUAUGCGUCCAUCAGCCGCAGCCUUUUUCAAGAAGGAUAAGACCGCCAAUCCUUUCCUCGCCGCUGCGGCUAAGCACAAGCCUCAGCCGAUCGUCGAUCUCGAUACAUUGACCCAGAACCCGGCAAUUGCCAUCAUUAGCAACAAGGAAAUCACAAUCUACAUUGAGAUGUGUGGAUUCAUGGAUGAUGCACCCACCGAUAUGGUGGCUCUUUGCGCCGCCUUGACGGAGUAUAAGACAAUCAAGAAAUUGUCCAUCAAGAUUCAUGCUCCAUGGCCUCACACUCAGUCCAAGGAGGCCUACAACAACAGCGUUAGCUCUAUGAAGAAGCUAUUCGCCAUUAUCGAUGGCUUCAAUUUAUACAAGCUCAGAGUUACGAUGUCCGUUGAUAAGGAUAACUUUCCCCAGAUGAAGUUGGGCGCUGCGAUUCACGGAUUGAGAUCCAAGAAGUGGCAGUUGUUCUACCAGGUUUACAAUGAGGCUAAUGAGAUUGACGAUGAUCCAAUUCAAAUCUUCCGCGGUAGCGAGUAUGAUUUGAGACUUCGUGGUGUCUGGAAGAAGGAAUUUCUCGCUCAGGCAUAG